AAGACUGAACAGUUUUUUCUCCCCCCCUUCAGUGUCGUCAAACACCACUUUCGCCUCUUCCUUCUAACCGAGCCAAGGCACGCCGUCCCGCGUUACAACCAAAUAUUCUCUUAAAGGCUUUAAAAACAGGAACAAAAAGAUAAGGAUAUACCUCUUCACUCCAGAGAAUAACCUAAUCUAAGCUAACUGACCAAAUGGAAGUAGGCGAGUGGGAUCUCUGACCGCGACGCCUGUCCGCUGGAAUACGGAGAGUACGAGAGUAACGCAGACGGACUGAUGUCAGGGUGGGAUGAGUGUGUCCAGUAAUUGGGAGGAUGGAGUGCUGUGACUCUGUCGCACAUGAUGGAGCCUCCGGCCCGUAUACAAACCAGCCUUUAGGGUUCUGCAGCCCAACUUCCAGCCUACUCCUUCUGCCUAGAGAUAAAGCAUCUCACCUGAGCUCGACCACUCAGGGUGAACCAGGGUGGAGGGAAGGAACAGAGGCAGAAGGGAAGGAAGAACAGAGUACUUUUGCAGAUGGAUUUGAACAUGGCAUUGGUGAAAAGCUGGUUGAUGAGUAUGCUGUGGGUGAGAAAGGAGCAGAGUUAAGAAUAGGAAUUGAUGAGGAGGAGGGUGAUGAAGUUGAUGAGGCAAAACUUCAGAUUGGAGAGAUCGUCUUCCAAGCUGAUGGUUCUGCUUAUGUCCUAGAUAGCCUGUGUCGAUUGCCAAGCAGUGUCAUUCCAUCUUCCUCUCGCCCCCCCAUUAUUAGCACAUGCCAUUUUUCUUCUUCUCAGAGCUCUACCUUGAAGAGCUUUCAUGUCUUCCACCUGCAUCACCCCAAGAACUGGUGCCACCUGCCUGAAGAUAUCAUUGCUUUGCUGUCCUGCCAAUCCAAAGAUAGAGCUUCUGCCAGGGCAGGUCUUUCUGAAGCAAGGCAGGUGCUGCCGAGCAAAGCCAAACCCAUCCUGGUGUGCUUUUUGUGUCGCUUGUCAUUCAGCCGUGUGCAUGCAUUUAGAGGUCACAUUUUACAUCAACACAAUGUCAAGCUUAGCACAGAGGAACAGCGCCUGCUCUUACUCCAGCACACUUCUGCCGUCUUGCAGCCUAUUGGCCCUAGCCAACGGCCACUCCUCAGCUUCCUAGAACCAAAAACUAGCAGUGAGCAUGCUGUGUCAACCCAAUUAGCAACCACAAACCCAGGGCACAACACAGUGGACAUGCUAUGUCAGGAGGAGAGGGAGAACCUCCAGAUCUCUGAGCCAGGACUCCCUCUCCAGCCCUCUCUACCCAGAGCUCCCCUUCCUACCUCAGCGCUAAGCCCUGCCAAAGACCCUUCAACCCUGGGCAGAGAGGGCACACAGAGGAACAAGGAUGAUGACUUAAGUCACAAAGAAGGAGAGGAGAGUUUGAGUUCAGAGGUAGUUUACACUGCAAAGGACAGUGUGAGCGGUAUUAGCAGUGGCGGACAAGAGCGCAUCAGCGAAGAGGCUCUUUCAAACCAAAGCAUUUCCAAAUCUCCUAACUCUGUCACCAUAGCAACCAGCUUUAUGAACAACACCAAAUCUCUUACAGACUCUGAGAUAGAGUGCGGAACAAGCUUUAACUGCCACAGCCCUGCUCCAGCUUCCCCUAGUGUGCAAACCUCACCCACAGCCUCUGCUCCAAAAAACAAAGAGUGUGCGAUGGGAAUAGAACCAAACAUCCUGUCAGAAAAUGGCAGUGCCAUGGCAAAAGAACCAAAUGGCAGGCUGUGUGAUGACAACAAGCUGGCCUUCUCUGACCUACCUAGUAGUCAUAGCAAUUCUCAGUCACCUGCCAUUAGCACACCUAUAACUCAGUUUGACAAGCCUCUUCUAGAGGAUGCUAGAGGAAGUUUGUUGACUGGGAGCGAUGGGGGUUUUCUUGCUGGACGGGAUGGUGUCCAAGGAUCGUCUUACACUUUUGGGGGUCAAGUAACUAUGACACACUCACGAAAUUCCUGCAAGACACUGAAGUGCCCCAAAUGCAACUGGCACUACAAGUACCAACAAACUCUGGAGGCCCAUAUGAAGGAGAAGCACCCAGAUACUGAGGAUGGACAGUGCCCUUAUUGCAGCAGUGGGCAGAGUCACCCACGCCUGGCUCGGGGGGAGACGUACACAUGUGGGUACAAGCCAUUUCGUUGCCAGGUGUGCCAGUAUUCCACUACCACCAAAGGGAACCUGAGCAUCCACAUGCAGUCGGACAAACACCUCAACAAUAUGCAGAAUUUGCAGACACAGACACUUCCACAUGCGCCAACAUCCCAGCCUAGCCCUCUGUCUCACACGGCCCCCAUCCAAGCCACGUCCCCCUCCCCUUCUAAGCUCCAGGGGCGUGCAUCAUGGCGAUGUGAAGUGUGUGACUAUGAAACCAAUGUAGCGCGGAACCUUCGUAUACACAUGACCAGUGAGAAACAUACACACAACAUGCUCCUCUUGCAACAGAACCUGGCACACAUGCAGCGCCAGCGUCGGCACAAUGCGACUGAGCUUUACCGUUACUGCCAGGGCCAGAGUAAGCUGUCUGACCCCAGUGUGGUACUGCCACCUGGUGAGGUCUUGCAAGAAGCUCCCCAGAAGCAGGAAGAUGGAGACCCUCCAGAAGGAUUGUUUGAAUGUGUGCUAUGUGGUCGUUUCUCUUCAGACAGCCUGGAAGCUCUUAGUCAGCACCUGACUGCACAGCGCUCACUGCCUGAUGCUGAUUGGAGGAGCACAACUGGUGACGCCCAUCAUUGCCGGCUUUGCAAUUAUGCCACUCCUCUGCGGGCCAACUUCCAGCUGCACUGUCAGACAGACAAGCACCUGCAGCGCUACCAGCUAGCAGCACACCUGCGAGAAGUCACCAGUAACCACCGAAACCCAGAAGAAGAAGAGGAGGAGUGGCUACUCAGGUGUGUCGCUGCUGGUGUCCAAGUGCAGCUACGGUGUAAUGCAUGCAACUACGAAGCCAACAGUCUGGAGAAGCUAAAACUACAUACAGUGAGCUCCAGACAUGAGGCCAGCUUAAGACUGUACAAGUACCUACAGCAGUUUGAAGGAAGCGUGUCUGAUGGUGGCUGGCUGCACUGUGUACUGUGUGAUUACUCCACCCAAAACAGCCUCAGUCUUGUGCAGCACUCCAAUUCGUUGAGUCACCAGAGGGGGGAAGGAUUGCUAAGACUGCAGCAAAUCCAGAAAGGCUUCCAGGAUGAAGAGGAGGAGCUUGGUGCCAUCUUUAAGAUCAGAAAGUGUCCUGCUCAAGAAAACGGAGAUGUGAAUGAGAUGGAGUCACCCACUGAGGGUACUGCUGACCAGGAAGAGCAGACCAAAAAGACAGACAGAGAGGGGGAGAAAACAGACGCAUUCAUUCAUGGGGAGAAGAGACAGAGCGAGCCUUGUGCCAGCCCCAAGCACCCUUCCCCAGCAUCUGGAGACGCUGAUGGCUCUCUACCACCAAAACGGCCACGUGCAGAGGAGGGUAUAUCCUCAGAGCAGAUGCGGCAGUGCCCAUUCUGUCGAUUCUGUCAUGCUGAUAUCGCCCGUCUGAGGAGUCACGUAAUGAUCCAGCAUGCUGUGCAGCCCACUCUCCGCUGCCCGCUGUGCCAAGACACCCUGCGCAGCGUUGCUCUGCUACGCACUCACCUCACACACCUGCACAGCGUCACCGCAGACUGCACACAGAAACUCAUAAACACGGUGAUUGCCUCAGAUGUGUUGCCAGAGAAGAUGUUCUUACCAGUUCAAGACUCUAGUACCCAGCAGACAAAGGCAGAUUCCAGCUGUAAUGAAACAAAAAGUAUUGACGAACAAGUUGAUGGUGAACAGGAUAGAAUGGCCACAUGUCCACCAGAGAUGUCAAAAAUUCAAAAGCAGCCCUUAGAAGAUGCAGAAUCCACCAAGGAAAACAAUGCUGCUUUCUCUUGCUGGCAGAAAGGCUGUAACAAAAUCUUUACAUCAUCCAGUGCCCUCCAGACACACUUCAACAACUUCCACAGCCAGAGGCCUCAAAAUCCAGUUUCCGAUCGCCAUGUGUAUAAGUACCGUUGUAGUCAGUGCAGUCUUGCAUUUAAAACAGCUGAAAAGCUGCAGCUGCAUUCACAGUACCAUGCAAUCAGGGCUGCCACCAUGUGCUGCCUUUGCCAUCGCAGCUUUCGUACACUGCAGGCUCUGCAGAAGCAUUUGGAGACCAGUCAUCUGGAACUAAGUGAGGCCCAACUGCAGCAACUCUGUGGCAGUUUGCUAAUGACUGCAGACCUUCUAGGCAGUGAAGGUCAAAGUCUGGGUGAAGAGCAGGGAUCACCUGAGGAGGAGAAGGUAAAGGAAGAUGAACAAAGUGACACGGAGGAAAAAGAAAGCCCUGCCAACAGUGAUUUGGGUUUAGUUCGAGAAGAGGUAGAACUGAAUACUAAACAUUCUGCAAUUCCUCAAAGAAAAGGCCCAAACCUUUCAACAGAGAAAUUCCUGGAUCCAUCAAGACCUUUUAAAUGCACAGUCUGCAAGGAAUCUUUCACACAAAAGAACAUCCUCUUGGUACACUACAACUCUGUUUCACACUUGCACAAAGUUAAGCGUUCUGUGCAGGAUUCUUCAGCUGGAUUGCCAGAAUCUGUCAGCUGCAGCACUGACCACAAACCCUUCAAGUGUAGCAUUUGCAAUGUAGCUUACAGUCAGAGUUCCACCUUAGAGAUACAUAUGCGUUCUGUCCUGCACCAAACCAAAGCUCGUGCGGCCAAACUUGAUACAUCAGGAGCAAACUCAACGUCCGUUAACCCUGUGCCUGGUAAGGUAGUUUCCUUAACAGGCAAUACAGUAGCUCUUAAGUCCAUAACUGCCAUGAGCAAUGCAAGUUGCACUUCCUCAGCUCUCAGUCAACCUCACUUGAACCACCAACAGGUGCACAAUGUGGUAUCAAGCCAAAAUGCCAGUCAUUCUUCAACAUCUGAGGAGAGUAAGCAGAAACACUUAGUAGACAUGAUAACUUCAACAACAAAGCAACAGCAUAAAUUACUACAACAGCAACAACAGCAGUUAGUGCAGGCCCAGGCUCAGAUCCAGCAGGAACUCCAAAAGAAAGCAGCUCUGCUUCAGUCCCAUUUGUUCAACCCAGCACUUCUUCACCACCUCCCCAUCACAACAGAUUCUCUCCUUCCACUGCAACAGCAACAGCAGCUGCUUCUUCCCUUUCUCAUCCCUGGAGGGGAAUUCCAGAUUAAUCCUGAGCUAAACCUAAAAAGCUCAGGGUUAAACCUUAGCACGGCAAAACCUCUAUUAUUAGAAGAUUGCUCUGAGUCACCCCAACAGGAUGGCAUUAGAUCAUCUUGUAAAAAGCCAUCUGAUGGAGAUGUAGCUCAUACUCUUCAACAGUUGCUCUCUGUGGUUCCUGAGGAGAAUGUUCCUGUUCCUCAGCAAGCUAACGGGCAGCUGGUGACCUUAGAUCCUGAGAGUAAUGAAGGCACAGAAGGCAUGGAUGGACAAAGCAAUAAUAAUGCAACAAGGGAGGAACAUGGUUCAAUCACCUAUGAUGGUACUGACCCUUUCAAAGCACAAGAAGAUCUUGAGGAUGAGGUUUUAGGUAGUGAAGAAAUUUUCACUGAGUUAAUUCCACCACGAGUAGCUCAUGAUGCUCCUGGAAAUGUUUCAAAAGCCUUGCUGGAGAACAUAGGAUUUGAGUUAGUCGUGCAGUUUAAUGAAAAUAAGCAACAGUGUCAAAGAAGUCAGGCUGAGGUUGUACCAAAUGGAGAGACUAUGUUAAACACCAAAGAGGUGCAUAAUUCAGAGUUCUUUGGUAAAUUACAGUGUGAAUCCUGUGGGAAGCUUUUUUCAAAUGCAUUGAUACUAAAGAGCCACAAAGAGCAUAUUCAUCAAUCCAUCUUUCCAAUACAGUCAUUGCAGAAAUUUGCCAAAGACUACAGAGAACAAUAUGACAAACUUUUUCCUUUUAGACCUGUGACCCCUGUGUCUUCUCCUUCUCCACCAACCCCUGCUUCACCUCCACCCCCUCCCCUUUCAACAGAAACAACUCACCAGAAAUCAUCAUCAUGUAUUCCUGUUUCAACACCCACUGUUACUCCCUCUACUGUCUCAACUCCUCAAGUUCCAUUAGCUCCAAUUCCCUUACCUCUUGACUUGCCACUUUUCCCCCCACUCAUGAUGCACCCCAUGCCACUGCAGGCUCUGCCCCCUCAGCUACCUGUACAUCUGUCAUCUGUCGAGACUGGGCUCACACCCGACUUAGCCCAACUCUAUCAGCAUCAGUUAACUCCUGCCAUGAUGCAGCAGCAGCAGAAUAAAAGACCUCGAACCAGGAUCACAGAUGAGCAACUAAGAAUUCUGCGACAGUAUUUUGACAUUAAUAACUCCCCAAAUGAAGAUCAAAUCCAAGAGAUGGCCAACAAAUCUGGGCUACCACACAAAGUUAUAAAGCACUGGUUUAGAAAUACACUGUUUAAAGAACGCCAGCGCAACAAAGAUUCUCCGUACAAUUUCAGCAAUCCACCCAUCACAACACUGGAAGAUGUCAGAGUGGAUUCCAGGCCAUCCUCUCCUGAGCUUCCAAGAUAUGAGCAUUCUGGUGGAAGGAGAUCCUCAAGGACCAGGUUUACUGACUACCAGCUGAGGGUCCUGCAAGAUUUCUUUGAUGCAAAUGCUUACCCUAAAGAUGAUGAAUUUGAACAACUCUCAGACCUCUUGAAUCUUCCUACCCGUGUCAUUGUGGUGUGGUUUCAGAAUGCCCGUCAGAAAGCUAGGAAGAACUAUGAGAACCAGGGAGAGGGAGGAAAAGACAGUGAACAUCGUGAGUUUUCUAACGACCGCUAUAUUCGUACCUCUAACAAUAGCUAUGAGUGUAAGAAAUGCAGUAUGGCAUUUCAACGCAUUUUUGACCUGAUCAAUCAUCAAAAGAAAGUUUGCUAUAAAGAUGAUGAUGAGGGGCAGGGUGACCAAAAUGAGCUUUUGAUAGAUCCUAAACCUCAUAGUCCUUCUGAAACCUCAAGACUCACUCCAACAGCCUUCAGCUCCAGCCUCUCAAAUUAUACUGAGUACAACAUCGUCAUAAAGUCCAAAGAUAAACAGCAAUUAGACACCGAGCAGUUACACCCUGUCACUGUAUCCACAUCCCUUACUAAGGAUAACAAACAGACAGUAGAAGAAUCUUGUGACCCUGAACAAUCUCCUGAUAACUCCAAGCUUGAAGAUUCAAAUCAACACCCAGACCCUUCUAAUGAAGAAAUGCAAAAAACAAGUGCUAAAACCUUUUCCCCGUCCCCUGUUCAUCAAAACAAACAAUCUCACCCAUCUAUGGUGCAGACAAGCCCAGUUCCAUCUCAGAGUUCUCAAAAAAAUUUCAGCUCUUUGGCAAGUCCUUCUCAUCAACAACACCUGAAGUCAGCACAACAGGUGACUCCUUACCACUGCAUUCAGUGCAAGUUGAGCUUCCCCUCUUUUGAGCAUUGGCAAGAACAUCAGCAGAUGCACUUCCUUGUUACUCAAAACCAUUUUGUUACCCCACAGUUUAUGGACCGUCCCAUGGACAUCCCUCUUAUGCUUUUUGAUCCAGCUAGUCCUUUGCUGGCCAGGCAGGUGCUUUCUGGUGCUUUUCCACAGAUCUCAGCCAGUUCGCCCUCAGUGGCAGCCAUUCCUGACUCAACCAUAAACUCCUUAAAGAGAAAACUUGAGCAGAAAUCAGGAAAUAGUUCUGUGGAAAAUGACUGGGAGAAUAAUGGGGAUGAUUCCCAGCGAGACAAGCGUAUGAGGACAACCAUCACUCCAGAGCAGCUGGAAAUACUAUACCAGAAAUAUCUCUUGGAUUCCAAUCCAACAAGGCAAAUGCUUGACCACAUUUCUCAAGAGGUGGGUCUCAAGAAACGAGUGGUACAAGUGUGGUUCCAGAAUACUCGAGCACGUGAGAGAAAAGGCCAGUUUCGUGCACUGAGUCCAGCUCAGGCCCAUCGACGCUGCCCUUUCUGCCGAGCCCUCUUUAAGGCACAAACUGCUCUUGAUGCUCACAUACGCUCACGCCACUGGCAUGAAGCAAAGAGCGCAGGAUACAGCAUGGCGAUAUCUGUUAUGACUCAAGAUCAGGAAGGCUCUCUUAUCAAAGUGGAUCCUUUUCAUUUUUCACAGAUGCCAAACCCAAGUGAUGGUCUGAGUUGUCCAGAGUCUCCAACUAGUAAAUGCCUAGAUCUGUCCUCACAUCAGCAGCGUCUGAGUCCAAAGCCACUAAAGGGUGGGGGAAUGGAUGACUUUGAAGCAUCAUCCAUUACAGCCCAAGAGUCUUUGGAACGUGGCAAGCUAAAUAACCAUGAAGUUGCCUCUAUGAACGUAGUCCACAAUGGAACCACAGUUCAUGAAGGAAGUCACUCUCAGGGAAAACCCAACAGCAUUGACCAGUUGUCUUAUAACUCUGAGAGAGAGGCCUCUUCAGAAAACGAAGACAAAAUGUCUUCAGGGCUGGUUAGCCCUGCAAUGAGUUUCAGUGCUAAAGAUUUUGAAAAUGAUUUGGUCUUGGAUUACAGUGAAAACUCAAGCUUAGCAGAUCCUGCCUCUCCAUGUCCUGGAGGAUCCAACAGUCAAAGCAUAGACAGUGACAGGCAUGGUCAAAAACGCUACCGCACUCAGCUAAGCAAUCUGCAAGUGAAAGUGCUCAAAGCCUGCUUCAGUGACUACAAAACCCCCACCAUGUUGGAGUGUGAAGCUUUGGGAAAUGACAUUGGACUUGCCAAGAGAGUGGUACAGGUGUGGUUCCAGAAUGCUCGUGCCAAGGAGAAAAAGGCUAAGCUCAGCCUUGCCAAGCAAUUUGGCACAGAAAGCACAUGUACUGACAGACCCAAAACAGAAUGCACUCUGUGCUCUGUUAAGUACAGUGGUUGUCUCUCUGUGCGGGACCAUGUCUUUUCCCAGCAACACCUUGCUAAAGUAAAAGAGGCUCUAGGGGGGCAGAUAGACAGAGAAAGGGAAUAUGUAGAUCCUGCAAGUAUUUGUCACCUGAUGAUUCAUCAAGGAGUGGAUCAACUAAAGAAGGAAAGUGAAGUUCUGACAGUAGUUCAGCCACAGUCUGCAGAGACUUCAGGAGGCCUUGGUCACAGUUCCCCUCAGUAUUUGAACAUGUCCACUGCUGAUGUACUAGGGGUUGGCAGUACAUCAAGCUUCUCUUCAACAAAAUCAGAUCCCAGCGAUGCCCCCUCGAAUGGAAAGAUCAGCAAAUUUGAUCUAUCAUCCUCUUCCUCCAUGCCAGCUACUAUUAGCAAAGACCCUGUCAGCAUAACCAACUCUGUCUUAACCCCAAAGACUUCAGAGUUGGCCAUGCAACUACAGUUUUCCAAAGAGAACAACUCUGAGAAUAACAUGAACUCCACUGAAAAGCUUGAGAGGGCUCCUGUUAGCAGUGCUGCUCAUUCAAACUCUUCCAUCAGUAAAAAAAAACAAGACCCUUUCACACCAGCUACAUCUACACCAAAACCUGAUAAGGAGUAUACCUUGGAACCAGCUCAGCUACAAGCUCUGCAAGCAGGAGGGGCCACAGAUCAGACUGCUUUACUCUCAAAUCCCCUCCUUCCCUGUCUUAUUCCAGGGUUUCCCCCAAUCUUUCCUCCACAGAUUCCCACAGCUCUUGCUGGAAGCUUUCUGCAGCCCAUGUUUGGUAUGGAAGGCAUGUUCCCAUAUAGCCCAGUCUUGCCUCAAGCUUUAAUGGGCCUGUCUCCAGGUUCCAUUCUCCAACAAUAUCAGCACAAUUUGCAGGGUGCACUGAUGCAUCAGCGGCUGCAGCUCCAACAGAAACAAUUGUUGCAGCAACCACAGAAAAUGAAAGUUAGCCAAAUCUCUGCUCCAGCUCGUGCUCAGGACAUGGCUUAUAACAAAGGACUUGUCCUGGACUCAUCCAAACCUGAAGAGAACCAAGGCACUUCAAAUGGAGGAGGCUCCCCUUCCCCCUCUGCUGCCAGCACUAAGCAGCUGGAUGGUGGCUUUCUAAUCAGUCAAUGUAUUGUCUCCAAAGGAACAUGCAGAGAGAAAAGUAAGGAUGUUUGUCUGUAUGACUGCCUUGCAUGUAAGAUCUCUCUCACUGGGAACGAAGAGCUCGUCCAACACCUAGAGGACCCUCAGCACAGACAGAGAGCAGUGGAGCAACUGAAUGCCAAAGAGCAUGCCUCUCGUCUAUUACCUCACAUCAGCCCCUCAUCUACCUCGCACCCAAACCCACCCAGCAACCAGAUAUCCCCUCCAGUAUCCCAGCCCAAGCAGUCUGUUCCAGAGAGUCCUUGUGUCACCUCUUGCACCCAAAGCACUUCAGUCAGUCAGUGUUCCCAAACUCCAUCAACCUCUACAGCGUUAUCUGGGGCGGCACAACCCUCUUGCUCUCAAGCUUCUGCUUCACCGCCAGUCCCCAUACACUCAACUGUUACCUCAAGCCUAACUGGCCAUGCUAUGAGCUGUCAUUUAAAACCAACAGACUCUUCAAAUGGAUGUUACAACAAAGAUGGAUCAGCAGAAGAACAAGUGUCUACAUAGUGUACUGGAGCUAAAGACUGACUAUUGCAUCUGUAGCUGUACGUUUGCCUGCCUUGGAACAGACUCCAUUGUAUUGUAAAAACAAAACAAAAAAAACAGUAAGAGGAUUGGGAGAGAAAACUCUCAGUGAUAGAAGACAUUUGGUGGAAUACAGAAACGUACAUGAGAUGAUUACCCAGCGAUAGUUUGAAAGACUUUAAAAGGACUGAAUCCUGUAGGAUAAAACUUGCAUUACAAAUGCUUGUAACCAAAAAAGUGUCAGUAGAAUGUUUUCCCAUGUCAAUAUGCUGGUCAUUUAAAACUUGAGAAUAGAUAAACACUGUUUGGAAACUGAAGUGUGCACAGCUAAGAACUGGAGUAGAACCUAAGAUGGUUUUAUUAUUUCCUAAUAACUAACUAACCAAAAGUCUGUUUAUUCUUUAUGUUUUAAACACACUCACACAACUGUAAGUUUUGCCACCGUUUAAAUGUUGAAAUAAUAUAAUAUUGGCUUGCUAAACUAAUGUAAUGUAUUUUAAUGUUGUCUACUCUCAGGUCAACAUGUGUUCAUUUUGUUCUGCUACUGAACAUUGGUGUUAAAAACAAAGUAGCUCUGAUGCAUACCAAUAGAAGAAAUUUGAAAUCCAAAAGAAUUCUUAGGAUUGGAAACAAGGUUUGCUUUAUCACUGAAUCUCAUAAGUGUUUUGUUUUUUUCUUUUUAUAUUGGACAUGUACUUGUCCCGACACAAAGAGUAAUGCAGACUUUAAUUGUGAGAAAAAGAAUAGAUUUUUUUUAAUGGAGAAAAACAUUGUGCUAAUGAUAGAUACAUGUAUUGACAUUUUGGUGUUGCGUAGAUUGUUGAAUUCAAAUGACUUAAUUGUAUGGUAGAUUUAAAAGAAAUUACUUGUAUAUUUAAUUUUUGUACCAUCCCAGUCAAAGACACUUGAGGUUGUUUUCAGCCAUGCCAAUGUUAAAACUUUACCCCUCUCUAACCUAGCUGAACAUUCUUAGUAUACAACCUCCCCUCCUGUGCUGAGCCAAGUUAAAGGACCAUAUCUGUAAAUGAAUUAGUUACUGCAGAUUUAAGAAACCUUUGCUUUGUCUUUCAGUCUUAUUUGAUUUGUGCACUUAAUUCAGACUUUUUUACCCUCUGUACUGUAAAUCCUGUUUUUUUUUACUUUGUCAAAAGUAGUUUCUUAUUCUCCUCUUCAACAAAGUCUUUUAUUUUCCUGAAUGUUUCUGCACUUGCCAUAUGUGGUGACAACAAUAAUGUUACUGAUGAAAACAAUAAUUCCUCACAGUAUUGCUUUAAAGGAAAAUCCAAAGAUAAAGUACCAUUGGUGCAUACAAAGGAUGGGGGAAAAAAACUCUUUAUAUUUGAGAAAAAUGUUACUGUUUUUAGGGAAUGGAAACCUUUUUAGAUGAUGGAGCCAGCUAUGAGAAUACUGUUUAAGAACAUUUGUGACCUCAUAUAUAAAACAAACAGAAAACCAAAAACCGCAAAGCCUCUCUGCGGAGGGUAUGGGACAGCACCGUAGUUCAGCCAUUGCAGUUUGUAAUAUAGAUGGAUAUUCAUUUUACCUUCUCUGUGACUGGCCUAUCUUUUUGUCCGUUUGUUUCUUGCCUUUAUUUUCACUUGUUUUUGCUAAAUGUACUGGGUUUUUAUUUUUGAGGAAGUACAGUGUGCUGCUAAUGUAGUUUUGUAUUGAUACUAAGAUGCAUGCUUGAUUUUUGCUUUUUUGCUGAAGCUUUAAUGGCUACAGACAGUAGCCAAAGCCCCGUCUCCAUUUCGCUGCAGCUCUGCCCACACUCCAAGACUACUGUGAAGACUGUGAAUGAACAUCCAUGAACCGCGCUUUUUUUCUCCUCUUUACAACCAAUGUUAAAAACCAAUUAAUGAACCAACUAAAGUUGAAAACCAAUGAUGUUAUAUUUAUACAAAGUUUGCAUUCCAAAUGUCACAUUGUUGUUUCAGUGGAUCGUUUGGGUUUUUUCUUUUUCUUUCUUUCUUUCUUUCUUGUAUUCUCCUAAUUAGGAGACCGUACCGUGUACACUCAUACCUUGAGUCUGGACUUGCUGUGAAAGACUCUGUUUACUGUAUGUGCUUCUGAAAAUGUUGUUACUGUUGCGAUCGCCAAAUAAUGUACAUGUCCAUUAUGCACUUGUGUUUAUCAUGUGAGUCAUUGGGCUAGUGUCUCUCUCCCAUCCUCUCUUAUACAAGCAUUCAAAUUCAAUAAAGUCUGUUUCAUUUUACUACACCAUC